AUGGGCGUAGCCGCAUCAGCUGCCCCAGUCAGCAUCUUGGACAAAUUACAUGAUGGCGACGAGGCUGGAGGUGCGAGUUUGUGGGUGCUGUAUGUCGCGUCUGCGGUCUUGGUACUUCUUGGCGGAGCCUUUGCCGGUCUGACCAUCGCGCUCAUGGGCCAGGAUGGCAUAUAUCUACAAGUUCUUGCGAAAGACCCGAGCGAACCACAGCAAAAGAAUGCGAGGCGGGUAUACGAUCUUCUCAAGAAGGGAAAACACUGGGUGUUGGUCACACUGUUGCUUGGAAACGUUAUAGUGAACGAAACUUUGCCGGUUGUGCUCGAUCGAUGUCUUGGAGGUGGCGUUGCCGCCGUCAUAGGCUCUACCGUACUGAUCGUCAUUUUUGGUGAGGUGCUACCGCAAUCUGUCUGCGUGCGGUAUGGUCUUCCUAUUGGCGGAUACAUGUCGAAGCCCGUUCUCCUACUUAUGUACCUCAUGGCUCCUGUAGCAUGGCCGACUGCGAAGCUCCUCGAUUGGGUUCUUGGUGAGGAUCACGGAACAGUAUAUAAGAAGAGUGGUCUAAAAACGCUCGUCACAUUACACAGAAGCUUAGGAGAGGUGUCGGAACGACUAAACCAGGACGAGGUCACGAUCAUCGGCGCUGUACUCGACCUGAAAGGAAAGCCAGUCCGAGCGGUCAUGACACCCAUGGACGACGUAUUCGUCAUGUCAGAAGAUACAAAGCUUGACGAGAAGACCAUGGAUAUGAUUUUGUCUGCUGGCUACUCGAGAAUUCCCAUCCACGAGUCUGGUAAUCCUACCAACUUCAUUGGCAUGCUUCUCGUCAAGAUCCUCAUCACCUAUGAUCCCGAGGAUGGUAGAUUGGUCAAAGACUUCGCAUUAGCGACGCUGCCCGAGACACGACCAGAGACGAGCUGCUUGGACAUUAUCAACUUUUUCCAGGAGGGAAAGUCGCACAUGGUUUUAGUGUCAGAGUAUCCAGGAGAAGAUCACGGGGCUAUUGGAGUCGUGACACUGGAGGAUGUCAUUGAAGAGCUGAUUGGAGAGGAGAUUAUCGACGAGUCGGACGUUUAUAUCGAUGUCCACAAAGCCAUCCGACGCCUCACGCCCGCACCGAAAGCCCGUGAUGUCAUCGAGGAGAUACCGAACGAUGAUGGAGACGAGACAGCCGGCCUCCUUCGCCCUAAGCCAACAGGUAAGGACGGCAUCCGAGCUCUUCAUCAGAGCUACGGUGCAGUGAGCACAGGUGACAUCGCGUCUAAACCCGCCGAGAAUGGCCAGACCAUCAGGAUAGAGGUCGACGACGCGGAUGCACGAGCGCUUGCGGAUCAGGCUACUCAAACAUCAGCGCACUCCAGCAAGGCAGAUCUGGUCCACCUUGAGCCUCAGACCAGCAACGAGGAUGACAUUCCUUCACCCUCAUCCGAUAUCAGCCCUUACGGGGUAAGAUCAUAUGUCCGUAGCGGGAGCAUCACAGAAAAUGUCGUCGAGUCGCGAGGAAUCCGCAAGGUGGUGCUGGAGACGACUAGCUCGAACGAGUCAGAGGAGGAUGUGACGCUUGAGACUCGAUCGCACUUGAGCGUGCCGUCUGCACUCCAGGCGUCGGAAGAGGACGAAGAUGAACAUGACGGUAAUGGAGAAGGAGCGUCGGGUGCCACUGGCAGUGGUCAGUCACAGGGUGGGAAAAAGAAGAAGAACCGGAGGAAAAAGAGAAAAGGCAGCAAAUCGUAG